CCCCCGCCCCCCGCGCCCGCCGUCCCCGACGCCGGCCCGGGGACCCCGCGAGGGGGACGCCGCGGCCCGCCGAGCCCCGACGCCGCGGCCCUGAGACGCCGGCCCGCACGGAAGAAUGUUGGCUCAAUUAAGAAACAUCAGGGAGAUAAAUUCAACCCAGUGUAUCUAAAAUGACUACAAAACGAAGUUUGUUUGUGCGUUUGGUACCAUGUCGCUGUCUGCGAGGGGAAGAGGAGACUGUCACUACUUUGGAUUAUUCUCACUGCAGUUUAGAACAGGUUCCCAAAGAGAUUUUUACUUUUGAAAAAACUUUAGAAGAGCUCUAUUUAGAUGCUAAUCAGAUUGAAGAACUUCCAAAGCAACUUUUUAACUGUCAGUCUCUACACAAACUGAGUUUGCCAGACAAUGAUUUAACAACGUUACCAGCAUCAAUUGCAAAUCUUAUUAAUCUCAGGGAACUGGAUGUCAGCAAAAAUGGAAUACAAGAGUUUCCAGAAAAUAUAAAGAACUGCAAAGUUUUGACAGUUGUGGAGGCCAGUGUAAACCCUAUUUCUAAGCUCCCUGAUGGAUUUUCUCAGCUGUUAAACCUAACCCAGUUAUAUCUGAAUGAUGCUUUCCUUGAAUUCUUGCCAGCUAAUUUUGGCAGAUUAACUAAACUUCAGAUAUUAGAACUUAGAGAGAACCAGUUGAAAAUGUUGCCUAAAACUAUGAAUAGACUGACUCAGCUGGAAAGACUGGAUUUGGGGAGUAAUGAAUUCACAGAAGUGCCUGAAGUUCUUGAGCAACUGAGUGGAUUGAAAGAAUUUUGGAUGGAUGGUAAUAGACUGACUUUUAUUCCUGGGUUUAUUGGCAGUUUGAAACAGCUCACCUAUUUGGAUGUUUCUAAAAAUAAUAUUGAAAUGGUUGAAGAAGGAAUUUCAGCAUGUGAAAACCUCCAAGAUCUCCUGUUAUCCAGUAAUUCACUUCAACAACUGCCUGAGACGAUUGGUUCAUUGAAGAAUGUCACAACUCUUAAAAUAGAUGAAAACCAACUAAUGUAUCUACCAGACUCUAUAGGAGGGUUAAUAUCAGUAGAAGAGCUGGAUUGUAGUUUCAAUGAAAUUGAAGCUUUGCCUUCAUCAAUUGGACAGCUUACUAAUAUAAGAACCUUUGCUGCAGAUCAUAAUUACUUACAACAAUUACCCCCAGAGAUUGGAAACUGGAAAAAUGUAACUGUGUUGUUUCUCCAUUCUAAUAAACUUGAGACACUUCCUGAAGAAAUGGGUGAUAUGCAAAAAUUAAAAGUCAUUAAUUUAAGUGACAAUAGAUUAAAGCAUUUGCCCUUUAGCUUUACAAAACUGCAGCAGUUGACUGCUAUGUGGCUCUCAGAUAAUCAGUCCAAACCUCUGAUACCUCUUCAAAAAGAAACUGAUUCAGAGACUCAGAAAAUGGUGCUUACUAACUACAUGUUCCCCCAGCAGCCAAGGACUGAGGAUGUUAUGUUCAUAUCAGAUAAUGAAAGUUUUAAUCCUUCCUUGUGGGAAGAACAGAGGAAACAGCGGGCUCAAGUAGCUUUCGAAUGUGAUGAAGACAAAGAUGAGAGGGAGGCACCUCCCAGGGAGGGAAAUUUAAAAAGAUAUCCAACACCAUAUCCAGAUGAGCUUAAGAAUAUGGUCAAAACGGUUCAAACCAUUGUACAUAGAUUGAAAGAUGAAGAGACCAGUGAAGACUCUGGGAGAGAUUUGAAACCACAUGAAGAUCAGCAAGUUGUAAAUAAAGAUGUGGGUGUGAAGACUGCAGAAAGUACAACUCCAGUAAAUAGUAAAGUCGACGAAAGAGAAAAGGGUAUGAUAGGAAACUCUGUCCAGAAGAUUAAUGAACCUGAAGCUCAGAUCAGUCCUGAGAAUUUACCACUGACUGCAAACACAAAAGCCUCAGAAAACAUGAAGCAUAUUGUUAACCAUGAUGAUGUUUUUGAGGAAUCUGAAGAACUUUCUUCUGAUGAAGAGAUGAAAAUGGCAGAGAUGCGGCCACCAUUAAUUGAAACUUCUAUUAACCAGCCAAAAGUUGUAGCACUUAGUAAUAACAAAAAAGAUGAUACAAAGGAUACAGAUUCUUUAUCAGAUGAAGUUACACACAAUAGCAACCAGAAUAACAGCAAUUGUUCUUCCCCAUCUCGGAUGUCUGAUUCCGUUUCUCUGAAUACUGAUAGUAGUCAAGACACCUCACUCUGCUCUCCAGUGAAACAAACUCGUACUGAUACCAAUUCCAAAAUCAGGCAAGAAGAUGAAAAUUUUAACAGUCUUUUACAAAACGGAGAUAUUUUAAACAAUUCACCAGAAGAAAAAUUCAAGGUUCAUGAUAAAAAAGAUUUCAAUUUACCUCAGUAUGAUUUGAAUAUUGAAGAGCAAUUAGUUCUUCUUGGGAAAGGUGUUGACUCAACAGCCACUUCUGAUGAAUCUCACAAAUUAGACCAUAUCAACAUGAAUCUUAACAAACUUGUAACUAAUGACACAUUUCAACCAGAGAUAAUGGAAAGAUCGAAAACACAGGACAGAUUACUUGGAACAGGAUUUUUGAGCAUUAAUUCCAAAAGGGAAACUGAGCACUUAGAAAAUGGAAAUAAAUAUCCUAAUUUGGAAUCCAUAAAUAAGGUAAAUGGUCAUUCUGAGGAAACACCGCAGUCUCCUAAUAUAAUGGAACCACAAGACACUAAAUCUUCGGUUGACAUGAGUAUUUCUAAGAGCACAGAAAAUCUCUACCCUCAGAAUAGUGGUCCAAUUGGAUCUGUUGUGAAAUCUCAUAGCAUAACUAAUAUGGAGACAGGAGGGUUAAAAAUUUAUGACAUUCUUAGUGAUAAUGGACCUCAGCAGCCAAGUGCGACAGGUAAAAUCACAUCUGCCAAUGAUGGGAAAAAUAUUGUAAGGAGCAAGUCUGCCACGUUGCUGUAUGAUCAACCAUUGCAAGUGUUUACUGGUUCUUCUUCUUCUUCUGAUUUAAUAUCAGGUUCAAAGGCAAUUUUCACGUUUGAUUCAAAUCAUAAUCCAGAAGAGCUGGAUACAAUAAGAGCCCCCACAGUAAGUGGCUUACCAUCUACACCUCAAACAUAUGGUCCUCCACAAUAUAAUAUCCAAUAUAGCAAUGCUACAGUCAAAGACACUUUGUGGCAUUCCAAACAGAGUCCCCAGAUAGAGCCUGUCAGUUUUCCUCCUCAGCGCCUUCCUAGAUCAGAGAGCACAGAAAGUCACAGUUACGCUAAACAUUCUGCCAAUAUGAACUUCUCCAACCAUAACAAUGUUAGAGCUAAUACUGCAUACCAUUUACAUCAGAGACUUGGUCCAGCAAGACCUGGAGAUAUGUGGGCCAUCUCGCCAAGUGACCGGCUAGUUCCUGCAGUAACUCGAACUACAAUUCAACGACAAAGUAGUGUGUCCUCCACAGCCUCUGUAAAUCUUGGUGAUCAAGGUCCUACAAGGCGUGCCCAGAUUCCUGAAGGAGAUUAUUUAUCAUACAGAGAGUUACAUUCAGUGGGAAGAAACCCUGCAGUGAUGUCAGGAUCUCAGAGACCUCUUUCUGCACGAACAUACAGCAUGGAUGGUCCAAAUGCAUCAAGGCCUCAGAGUGCCCGACCUUCUGUUAAUGAAAUACCAGAAAGAACUAUGUCAGUUAGUGAUUUCAAUUAUUCACGGACUAGUCCUUCAAGAAGACCAAACCCAAGGGUUGGUUCUGAACAUUCUUUAUUAGAUCAUCCAGGAAAAAGUAAAGUUCCUCAUGACUGGCGAGAACAAGUACUUCGACAUAUUGAAGCCAAAAAGUUGGAAAAGAGCAUGCUGUCAAGGUCCUUUAAUUCCACUUUCACUGCUGUAAGCAGCUGUCCCUCUGGCAGCCCUAGGGCUCUGCCUGACAGCCAGAGCCGUCUUGCCUUGAGUGUUGCAGACGGAAGAGGUUCUGCUGGGCACAGUUUUCGACUCCCUCAGCCAUCCAGUCCAGGAGAUCCUUGCCAAGAUGAUAUGUUCAUUUCAGGACAGCAGAACUACACAUCAUCUGCAGUUAGUCACAAAGAUGUUCUUCCAGACAGCUUGCUGAAACUGCCUUUGAGCAACGGACAGAUGGGCCCGCCUCUGCGGGCGCAGGCGCUCGCCCCUCCGGCCUCGGUGGCCAGGCACCCCUCCCGAGAGCAGCUCCUGGACUACCUGAUGCUGAAGGUGGCCCCGCCGCCUCCGCCCGCACAGCCCAGACCCGGCCCCGAGCUGGCCCGGCAGGAGAUUCGUGUAAGAAUAGAAAAAGACCCAGAACUUGGAUUUAGCAUAUCAGGAGGUGUCGGGGGUAGAGGAAACCCCUUCAAACCUGAGGAUGAUGGCAUAUUUGUAACAAGGGUACAGCCUGAGGGACCAGCAUCAAAAUUACUGCAACCCGGUGAUAAAAUUAUUCAGGCCAAUGGCUACAGUUUUAUCAAUAUUGAACAUGGACAAGCAGUGUCCUUGCUAAAAACUUUCCAGAAUACAGUAGAACUCAUCAUUGUACGAGAAGUUUCCUCAUAAGCACUGUGGAAAAAAUGGGGGGAAGAACAGCAAGAUUUAUUGGAAGAUACGUGCAGGGAAAUUAAUAUUUUGACUAUUUUUAUAUAGAAGAAUUCAAUUAUGUUCAAAUUUGUACAUUAAUGAAAUAAUGGAGCUUGUGGUUAGAGGGAAAGAACCACUGUACAGAAUAUAAAGGAGACUGUUGAAUUCAUACCAUUUAAAACUUGUUAGGUUUUUAAACAUAGCAAUCAAAGCUACAAAAACAAAUGUAGGUUGUUUUUGUAUAAAUUUAGUUUUAUUUUUGGAUUUCAUACACAUGACUGAACUGUAUGCAAGGCAAAUAGCCUUGAUUGUAGCCCAGAGACAGAUGGCAGAGCUAUCUCUCUCAUAGCUUUUAUGCCCUUCUUUUUAUUCAACUGGUUUUCUGCUGAAACUACUUUUUUUGAUGUGGGCAAGAGAUUUGAAAUGUUGGUUUUUGCUAUGUGUAUAUUGAGUUGAAGAAUGAGUAGGUGAAGAUGGUGCUGGUGGGUUCACUUUCCAAGGCCAGAUUAAAAGUUAUUCCUAAAAAAAAUCUGGAAGCAAAGAAUGAGAAAAUAAUUGUCUGUUAGUGUUUUUAUUAAUAGAAUAACGCAAUAAAAUGUCAUGUCUUUUUAAAGAGGUAAAAGACAAUAAUUGCAUUUUAUGAAUUCUUCAAGAUCUGUUCUUGUCAUAACCACUGACUUUACAUUUGCUACUGGUGACUCAGUUUCUAAAUUUUUAGUUACAGGAAAUUUUUAACUCUACUAUAGUGCAUGUUCAUGAAUUUUCUGUACUAUGGAAAUCCCCUGUUUGUUUUUCUUUAGUUUUUUUUUUCCCCCCCCUGGCAAAUGGUGGUACUUUAGUACUCCAUUUUAAUCUAACUUAUAAUUUUUGUUUUAAGCAGCAAAUGAAACUAAAAUUUUAGGCCAGUUUUAAGAUUAUGUUGCCUGUGACAGAAAAUGUAAGAAGGUUCAGGAAUACCUCUUGAGUUUUGUUUGGCCUUGUAUUGCCUUGGUAAAGUAAAAGGAAACAUGGAGCUAGGAAACCAAAGUGAGUUUGUGAAACAGGCACAGUGAUAGAGAAUUGCUGUGGAAAGUUGUAGAGCAGAAGGAUGGGUCUUGAGGCCUACCAGUAUCUAACGAUGUUCAAAUAAAGGGCUGUUCCUACAGGUAACGUUAAAUGUGAACUCGACACUUCAGAGUCUUUAAAGGGUUUCUGAGUUGUAAUUGUUUUACCACCAACUGCCUUUCUUUUUACUUACUGUAACAAGUAUUGAAUGAUAGAGGUUUAUUAAUUUUGUUUAUCCAAACCAUUAAAAUUCUUUUGUAUGUAAUCAAAUAAAAUUUGAGUAACAUGCAAUGGUGAAAAUUAAUGCAUGGUUAUUUGGACCAGAAAAACGUGCCAUAAAAGACCAAUAACUGUUUUAGUUGAAGCUAGACUGAAAUCUUUUAUUAAAGCAAUAUGCAAUUCUUAUGUUUUUUAAUUUCAAAGAAAUAUAACAGGAAUUUUAAUGUAUUAUGCUUUCUUUUCAACCUUGAUUUAAUUAAGACUUACAGACUAGCUAAAACACCAACAUUAAUUUUUG